AUCCACAAAUGGCAAUCCCCUUGUAUACGCUAUCACUGCUGGCCUUCCUCUGUCUCUCCCAAACCCCGAUGACGCGGGUCGUACUAGGAAGGCUCAAAGCGUAUAAGAUAUGCGCACCCUGCAGCUUGGAGACCAUCAGGCCUUCGGUCUACAACGCACACCCAAUCACUCCAGGCACUCGCCUCCGCUGCCUACUAGCUCAUCGUCGCACCAGUCGUCGUUAGCUCGACGUUGCUGAUCUAUCACUCUAAACCCACGCGACAUUAUACUUGGUGCACCGCUUCUCGAGUCACCUACACACCUACCAGUUUAAACGAGACACCACACACUACAUAAAGCAUGUCCUACUACCCGUCGUCGCCUUCUUCCCCCGCCUCCGGCUUCUUCCCCACGGCACCCGCGUCGCCGCACGCGUUCUCGUCGUUUCACCAGUCCCCGCGGGACGGACACGCGAUGUACGCCGCCUUCGGCGGGUCGUAUGGGCCCGGCCAGUCCGGCGGGGCAUCGGCAGGGCAGGGAGGCAAUGGUUCGAUGGGCUCGCUGAAGAGGCUUGUGAAGAGGAAGUGAGCUUGGGGCCACUCAGGAGCGGUUGGAGCGGAAGUCGUGGCAGGGGAGGAGGGAGGGAGAGAGCCGACUGCGCACCGCUAGUCGGACAAGGCUUGGACAGGAGACAAGAGGAGAGAGGGAAGACAUCUGUCCGCAGGGAGGACCACGAGCCGCACCAGAUUUUCCUCCCUCAAGAGUCAAGACCACAGGGGACACGCCGAGCCCCCGCAUCGCUUUCGUCGGCAUACUUCGCAUUUUGGCACACUCAUGUCUGUUCGUUCAAAGCCAGCCGUUUCUUUAUAGACCACUGUAUCCAUAGCCAGUUCUUUCGACCUUCUCGUAGCUGAUAUUAUUAGCCGAAUGUAUCUAUAAUCUUCUCCUAUCCCAUGGCAACGAUUGUCCGUCUAUCAAUGACUCUCGGUCG